CGCUGGGCGGAGGUGGCGGAGCCGUGUAAGCUGGCUGGUGGCAUGGCCGACGAGGAGGAAGACCCUACUGUGAGUGACCACCACUGUUCCACCCCACUCUUUUCUUCACUCCCUGGGGUACAGAAGCGGAUCCUGAGUUCAGAGUCACUCGAGAUUUUCCUUAGCGAAUUCCCUCGAGAGAGUUCGGGGACUUCACGCCGUGCUAGCCUUUCCCUUCGGAUUCAUCUCUUAGUACGUGGGGCAGGACGUGACGGAAGAGUAGGAAGGUGGCUCCUUGUUCUUUGCUUUUGGUUUGUAUUUGCCAGACACUCUUUGAAUCGCCUGGACGGUCAUCAGAGGACAAAGCUAAUAUUUGUUAGCUCUCAUGAAAGAACACUGCAGCUGUUUGAGGAAGAAAAUGAAGAAAUUGGAGGAGGUGCAGAAGGCGGACAGGGUAAAAGGAAGAGACUUUUUUCUAAAGAAUUGCGAUGUAUGAUGUAUGGGUUUGGGGAUGACCAGAAUCCUUAUACUGAGUCAGUGGAUAUUCUUGAAGACCUUGUCAUAGAGUUCAUCACUGAAAUGACUCACAAGGCAAUGUCAAUUGGAAGACAAGGUCGGGUACAAGUUGAAGAUAUCGUCUUCUUGAUUCGAAAGGACCCAAGGAAGUUUGCUAGGGUUAAAGACUUGCUUACUAUGAAUGAAGAAUUGAAACGAGCUAGAAAAGCAUUUGAUGAAGCAAACUAUGGAUCUUGACACCUUCUGUACUUUCUGAAGCUUCAUUAUCUUCUGGGGAAACCAUAUAUCAUAACUUUAUUUUCCACAUUGGGGUCCUAAUAUCUAGCCAUGUAUAUGCAAGAUGGAGAAACAAAAAGUCUUCAGCUUUUAUUUUCAUGUCUUCGAUUUUAGAAUGAUAUUUGAGCCUUGAAUUGCCUGCCCUUAUAGGACUAUACUUGAAUUACUUACUGGGUUUUAAUGACCACAUGUAAGUUGAAGUACCUUGCAAACUAUGUGGUUCCUUCUGACUUUUGACUAAGUGAUGAAGUAGUAUUUAUGUAUUGGGUGUAUUUGUGCCCUUGUAGGCUAUACCGUAGCUGUUUAAUAUAUGAAAUCUAUAGGGCACCUUCGACUAUGAUUGCUAAGACGUGUUUCAUGUAUUCUAAAGUUUUUAGACUACGGUAGUCUAAGAGAUUAUUAAAAGAUAGUGAACUGGUUUGCUUUUUUUUUUAAGGAGAAGAUGAUACAAGAAGAUAGUCUUUUGUAGGAAUGUUUAUCUAAGAUAUUUGUUUUUUUUAAUAUUCUUUAGAUUACAAGAAUUAUUUUUUAAACUAAAAGUUUCAUGUGAAUUCUUCCGUAUUGGAAGGCUUUUGAUUUAAAACCUUUUGGGCUUAUAAUGUACUAGUUGUCAAGUUUUAAGAGAACUAACUUUCCCAGGUCAGAUUAAAGCUUCUAGAAAUAAAUGCUUUCAGUAGUAGGAAUGGUAUUGCUUAAAAAGCUGAUGGCAGGAUAAGCAUUUGGGAUAGUGUUUUAUUAAUGUAUUUGUUAGUACUUGUUCAUUGUGGAAAUGUGUACUUGACUAAAACCAUAUAUGGCUAUGGAAACCACUUUUGUAGUUCAGGAUAUACAAGUUUUGUGUGUGUUUAGCUUAUUGUAUUAAAUUAUUGCACUUAGUUUAAAAUAAGGAUUAAAACUGCAUUUAAAGGGAUCACUGAAUAUUACUCUGAAACUGUUUUGUGUACUGCUUAUAAACAUUAUCUAUAAAUCAGCAUGUAGGAGAAUUUCACUUUCUUAAUCUGUUGAUACAAGGAAUAAAUUAAAAAAUUAGAUUAAUAAUUGAA